AUGGUCUCAGCCAACAUCAGCAGUCCUGCCGGACACCAAGAACAGAAUACAGAGGUAUGCAGCAAGUCCCUGUGCCCACUGCUGCCCAUGCACACUCUCAUCCCAGUGACAGCCAUAUGUUUGGCGCUGCUGGUUCUUGGCGUAACAGGCAAUGUCCUGACCAUGGUUGUGACAGGUUGCUCCCGGGAUCUCCGCAACACCACAAGCCUCUACUUAGCCAGCUUGGCUGUCUCUGACCUGCUGCUGCUGCUACUUGGUCUGCCCCUGGACCUGUACCGCCUGUGGCACGCGCAGUCAUGGGCGCUAGGUACACUGCUGUGCCAUGUGUGGCACUGGUCCGGCGAGGCGUGCGCCUACUGCUCCAUCCUGCACCUGACGGCCCUGACAGCUGAGCGCUACAUUGCCAUUUGUUUCCCAUUGCGGGCCAAAGUCCUGGUGACCCAACGGCGUGUCAAAGCUCUGCUGGUGGGACUCUGGGCCAUAGCGCUGCUCACCGCUGCGCCUUUUUUAUUCCUCGUGGGAGUUCGACGGGUUGGCAACGUCUCCAGCGACAUCGAUGCCAGGUAUGAGUGUGCCCCCACAGACCAUGCCCAACAGACAGGGCUGCUGGGUACCAUGCUCUGGGUCACCACCAGCUACUUUGUGUUGCCCUUCCUUUGCCUCUACAUCCUCUACAGUUUGAUUGUCAGGGAGCUUCUGCGGGUCAACAAGACACAUCUUGGCGGGGCGUCAUACCGAAACCACCAGCAAACAGUGCGCAUGUUGGGUGAGUAUUGGGGGGGGCAUUAUGCAGUCUGGAGGGUGUGGGGAGAACAAUGCCGUAGUGCCUCCAUGUCCAAGUCUCCAUGGAAUUUCCCCUAUGCUCAUAGAAUGCAGUAGAGCUAUCCUGAUUCUUUAUGGACCCCAAAAGUAAAUGGACAAGGAUGCCUCCACCCAAAAGAGUGCCUAGAGCAUCUCAGGGCACCCUGCCACGGUCACCAGCCAAGUGUGUGAAUGAGUGUUUAGCAAGAAGCUGUUGCAUGGCUCAGAGUGCCGCGCUGAAGUUCCUAGAAAAUAAAGACUCACCCACAGCCCUGGAGAAAAGCCUUUUGUUGUAAACUCUAAAGAGAUUCACACAAGCAGCCCCAUGCACUGAAGUAAUGUCCCAUGGCACACACAAAGCUUUUGCCAGACAUCUUCUCUAUCUCAAGUGGAAGUGACAUUUAUCUUAAUAAUCAGAGAAAACUGGUGUGGUUUGAUUGGGGUUUUUUUUUUUUUGGUAGUAACUGAUUACAAGCAUAAAAGUUGAAUACAGAGAGCAGACAAGUAGAUGAUACCUGUCUCUCAAGCUGCAUCAGUUCCUCUGAAGCAUGUACUUGACCCCACUCCCUGGCAGGGCCGUAGCUAGGGGGUGGUGAGGUGGGCCCCCGCCGGGGUGCAGGCGAUGGGUGUGUGUGCAAAAUCAGCUUUAAAAUAUGUCCAUAAAUAUAAAUAUUGAUUGUUGCCUCAUAAGAAAUGGUUUUAAAUAGAGGGUGAAUUGAAUGGGAGGGGGUGGAGGAGAGGCAGAAAGAAGAGCUAAUUUGUCCGUGGCUAUGGGGCGCAAGCUGCGCGGUUCUGCCAGGGGUGCAAGAUCACCUAGCAUGGUCCUGCUCAACACUUUUAAUUUAUAUACAGUCUUUCUAUCUUACAAUACUCAAGGCAGUUUACAAGCUGAAGAAACAAAUGAUGUACACCUUAUAACAAUCUAAUGCAAUACAAAAAUGUAAUAAAUGCAAUAAUAAAACAUAGAUCCCCAGCUUCUUACCAACAGCAAACAGCCUCUAAAACUAAAGUGUUGCCUGUCUGCUUCAUUGCACGGAAUUGCCUCUCUUUGAAGCCUCAGCUGGGGAAAGUGGAGCAUGUCCGGAAGCAGACAACCACUAGCCAUCUGACACUGUCUGAUUUUGUUUGCAGAAUCACCUUCAAGUCCUUUAACUAUUGACUAAUUUGCAACCUAUUUAAAAAGUAAUCUCUUUUCAUGAUACCAACCAAAUCUUUCAGGAGGAAUUAUGGAAAUAUAAAUUCAAUAAAUAAAAAAAUCCCAUAAAUAAUAGUGGGGAGACUAAAGCACCCAUCUCCGAAGAUACCUGUCCACCUAUUUACAGCUUGUGGGCUGUACCCAAUCCCGCAAGGAUUCCCACAAUUAAACUUCCCCUCCCUCCACUCCCCCAGUCACCUCCCAGAUCUAUUCUGGGGGUUCUCCCAAUCCUCCCUAGGGAGAAAAGAGGAAGGGGAACUUUCACUGUGCACGCAGAAGUGCUUAUGUCAAUGGGACAACUUCAUUGCCUCCAACUCUCUCUCUGUAAUUUGUAAUUUGCUUACAUACUGCUGAUGCCAAUUACAGUGGUACCUCGGGUUACAGACGCUUCAGGUUACAUACGCUUCAGGUUACAGACUCCGCUAAUCCAGAAAUAGUACCUCGGGUUAAGAACUUUGCUUCAGGUUAAGAACAGAUAUUGUGCUCCAGCGGCAUGGCAGCAGCGGGAGGCCCCAUUAGCUAAAGCGGUGCUUCAGGUUAAGAACAGUUUCAGGUUAAGAACGGACCUCCGGAACAAAUUAAGUACUUAACCCGAGGUAGCACUGUAUAUUGCAGGCACCAGUAGCAAGUAACUUCCCACACAAAUUAGCCCUGAUCUGAUUCCGAAAAUUGUGCUUUCCUGCCUUGCUGGACGAUUCUAGCCCUGUUCAGCAACUGCAUUCUGUGUGCCAAAGAGCAAUCCAAAUAUUUGAAAACAAGCGUACUUCUCACCUACUUUGAGCAAGCCCAUUAGGGCUAGAGUCAGCUGUGGCAGGGCAGAGAGUAAUUCUUUCCUCCUUUCCCCCCUCCUCUUGCAGUUGUGGUGGUCCUGGCUUUUGUCGUAUGCUGGCUGCCAUUCCACGUCGGGAGGAUAAUAUACACCCACUCAAAGGAUACCAGGAUGAUGCUUUUCUCCCAGUAUUUCAAUAUUUUUGCAUUGCCGCUCUUCUACUUGAGUGCAAGUAUCAACCCAAUCCUUUACAACCUCAUCUCGAAGAAAUACAGGGCAGCACUUUAUAAGCUACUAGUGUCUCCCAAGUCUGCAGAAAGGGCUUCUACUAUUACUAGAGAAACUGUGAGCUACCCAGAGACAAGUGGGUAG